AUGGCUACAGCCAUCCCGAACGGCCAGUCGUCAAAAUCUAACCCCCGGGCCUCGAGAAUCGAUGACGAAGAUCACGGGGGUGACCCAAAGAAGAAUGGACGUGGGGAGUCGUCGUCUCCACAGCCUUCCCCCGUUGAGUCUUCCGGUGACAGAGUUAGAGGGCGAUCGCGCACGCGAACAACACCGCGUACUCGCUCCCAUGAUAAUCUGCGGCGGCGAGGUUACCAUACCCUCAUGUCGUCGUUCGGGAAGGCGUUCCAUGUGGAGAAACGUUGGAAGCUAAUCCGUGAAAUGGGUUCAGGUGCGUAUGGAUAUGUAAUCUCUGCCGCAGACGAAAUCUCUGGAGAGCCGGUCGCCAUCAAGAUGGUCUCUCGUGCGGCAGAGAAGAUUUCACUUGCGAAGAGGGCGCUACGAGAAAUAACGCUCCUCAGACAUUUUAAUCAUGAAAACAUUACAGGUCUCAUUGAUGUCGACUGCACGCCCGAUUUGAAUAUAUUUUUAUGGAGCCAAUGGAAGCUGAUCUGUACCAAGUCAUCAAGUCAGGUCAGAAUCUUACCACAGAGCAUGUCCAAUACUUUGUUUACCAGAUUCUUCGAGGUUCAGUAUGUUUCUUCGCAUUAUGCCCGUCUGACCACUCAAUAUGCACGUCCAAUAGGGAUGAAAUAUAUCCAUUCCGCGUCCGUCGUGCAUCGCGACCUCAAACCGGGAAAUCUUCUCGUGAACGCAGACUGCGAGCUUAAGAUCUGCGACUUCGGCUUGAGUAGGGGGUUUGAAUCAAAAUUAGACGAGAAUCCUACGAUCAUGACGGAGUAUGUAGCGACGCGAUGGUAUCGCGCACCAGAGAUUAUGCUUGCAUUUAGGCGAGUCUUCUACCUCAGCUGGGCGAGUCUAAUGAUUGACACCCGUAUGUCUGAAGGGGUUACAAUACUGCUAUUGACGUCUGACCUCUAUUCAAAGGAAAGGACUACGGUUAGCUUAUAUUACCUUUCCUGUGCCCUAUUAUCAGUGUUCUUACUAUUGACAGUGGACCAAUUGAACAAGAUCCUCGAGAUGCUGGGAACCCCAGAUGAGGAGGCUCAGGCGUAUAUUAAAUCUUUGCCUCAUAAAAAGACAGUACCUUUCUCAGACAUCUUACCACUCGUCGAUCAUCAAGCUGUUGAUCUUCUCACCAAGAUGCUCGCUUUUGAUCCCUCAUCCCGGAUUACGGUUGCGCAAGCAUUGGAACACCCAUUUCUCUCUUCUUACCACGAUGAUACCGACGAACCUGAUUGCCCGGAGAAGUUCAAGCGAUGGCAUACCCUCGAAGCCCUCGAGACACUCGAGGAAUACAAGGAAGCGCUGCUACAUGAGAUUGAAGAUUACAGGCGAGAGGUACGGACAGUCGCUGUCGAACUUCCUACGAGUGGCCGCAGCUCUCCCACUCGCGAUACCGAGCGAAGACUGGCAGAGAUUCGAGAAAUGGCAGAGCACUUACAGCCCCCAUCUGAAUCAGUGUUCUUCCCGUCUCCAGAAAUAUCAUACCAAGCACCUCCAGAAAUGCGCAGAACAGAGAGCUUCGAAACCCGGCUAGGGGAGAGGCAGCCAGAUGAGCAAGUCCUUGAAGUGGAACGUGUCGAUCCGGUCGUGGUGUACGCGCGACGCUCUAGCAUGUUCACCCUCUCCCGGACGAACUCGACGUACUCAGCGCACUCGACGUCGCAGCUACGGCAGCAAACGCUAUCGCCGACGGAAUUGGGAGUAUCGAAUGCGCAGGGCGGCUCGAGCACUGUCGUAUUUCCCACCCAGGAUUACGUCGUGCCUGCGCGGUCGCGGACGGCGUCGAUGUUUAGCAGUGACGGUACCCGCAAAUUGUUGCGUACACUCUCCACAGUGUCGAUUUACGAGAGUGGUGAGGGCCUUGCCGGGGGAUUGGCCGACAUUGCCCCCAUAGGGCGAUAUAUCGUAGAACGGGAUGAAGCGCUGCCAUCAGAGAUGCCACAGGAGCUUGACUCACCGCCGCAAAUCAGGAUGAAAGAAAAGCGAAAGUCACAACCUUUACAAGCCGAGGCGAAGAACGGUGCGCCGGAGUAG